AUGUCAGGAAAGAACGAGCAAGGCUUCAUUGACGUCAAGCAAAGAAACGUCCUCAACGCACCACUGCACAAGCACUCCUCCGAAAGAAACGCCCCCUCCUCCUCCUCCCUACCCCCCUCCCUCCACGCUGGAAUGUGCAACAGCAGCAACCCCAUCGCCGCAGUCCUCACAAACGCCUUCCUCGACUUCUCCUCCUCCACCGGAACCGACCUGCGCAAAGCCGGCGUGGGCCCCGGUCAACGAUUCUGCCUCGAAGCGUCCAUGUGGAAAAGCGCUGCGGAAAAGGGAAUCGGAGAUGUCCCCCGUGUCAAGCUGGAAUCUACACAUAUCAAGGCGUUGAAUAGCGUGGGGUUGGAUGUGCUCAAGAAGUGGGCUGCAGAACCCGAGACCGAGUCUGCUCAGGAUAAAGUUGUGAGGCCGGGAGAGGGAAGGGAGAGGUGGGCGCGGGAAAGUAGGGAUAUUGGGGCUAAGGAUCCGAGGUCUUGA